AUGAGUUCGCAAAAUACAUCGGCGGUGAAUACCGAUGACAUAGAACGUCGUCGAGAACAAUGGAGAUAUUAUGCUUGCUUGAGAAGACAACGAGAAGACAAUGAAAGCAGAAAUAUUCGAUUGGCAAGACGUCGUGCUAAUUACUCAAGACAAAGGCAACAAACUUUAGGUGGUGAUCACAUUUUAGUGGGAGGCCCAACAAAUUUAAAUGAAGAAGAUGUUGUACAUUCUAAUUCAACAUCAACAAACCCAUCACUAAUACCACCUAAUCACGAGGAUGGACGAAGUCGUCGGCUUACCCAUAUCCGUAACUUGGCACGCAAUAUGCCAGUUGAGCAUAGGGCUAUGCAAGAAGUCAGUGGUCUCCCUCCAACCUAUCCAACUAUAAUGGCGAAUGACUUUGAGGCUGGAUCAAGUCAUAUAAAUUCUAAUGUUACUACUGUUACAGAAAGAAUUGAAGGAGUUGAAAAUAUAGUUGAGCAAAACCAAGGGGAUGCCUAUAGAGAACAAGGAGCAGAAAGAACAGAAGCAGUUGAAAAUAUAAAUUGUCAAAAUCACGGGGAUGGCUACAGAGAACAAGAAGCUCAUGAAGAUAUUGUGCAACUUAUUCAAAGGAUCUUAGACAUGCAUAACCCAUUUGUGGAGAAAUUUCGUCAACUAUCUCGAAGUCUAAAUUUACAUCAAUGUAAACUUCUGAUUAAAGAACAACCUUUAAACCAACCUCAAUAUUGCCUUCCUAGUGCUUCCCAAGUGGCAGCUAUUAUUGUAGGAGGAGAAGAAGCUGGUCAUUUAAGUGGUAGAGAAAUUUUGGUUCAAACAUUUGGUGGUAAUUUGAUCAAUGUUCAAGAUACAGCAGGAUAUUAUGAUCCAUUGCAGUACCCAAUACUUUUCCCAUUUGGAACAUAUGGAUGGGAUAUCAAUACACGCGACACUAAUAGAAAUAAAGUGUCAUGUCGUGAGUAUUAUGCAUUCAUCUUUCAGAUUCGCGACGAUGCUCUAUCAAUGAUUUGGUAUGGAGGACGCCUUUCACAACAGUAUGUUGUUGAUAAUUAUGUAAAAAUUGAAACACACAAGCUUAGGUGGUUUGAGCACAAUCAAGAUUCUAUUAGGGCAGAUCUGUACCAAGGCCUACAAGAUGCUUUCCAUGAAGGAGAGAGUGAUACUGGAAAUGUUGGACAUAGAACCAUUCUACCUUCAUCAUUUGUGGGAAGCCCACGCGAUAUGAUCCAACGAUUUCAAGAUGCAAUUUCAUUGGUUCAAAAGUUUGGGAAACCAGAUUUAUUCAUCACAAUGACGUGUAAUCCAGGAUGGGAAGAAAUCCAAAAUGAGCUUUUACCUGCACAAACCGCACAAGAUCGUCCAGACUUGCUUGCAAGAGUUUUCAAAUCAAAAUUUGAAGAAUUGAAAGAUGAUAUUGUGGUUAAAGGGGUUCUCGGAAGAGUUAUUGUAUAUGUGCAAGUCUUUGAGUUCCAAAAAAGGGGUUUACCACAUGCACACAUGCUUAUAAUUCUCGAUGAAGAUGAUAAAUUGCAUAAUCCAGAGGAUUACGAUCGAGUUGUUAAAGCAGAAAUACCGUAUAAGGAGGAACAACCUCAGUUACAUAAAGCUGUACUGAAACAUAUGAUACAUGGUCCUUGCGGAGUACAAAAUCCAAGAUCACCAUGUAUGAAAAAUGGGCGAUUUAAAAAAGGAUACCCAAAGCCUUUCUCACCAGAAACCUACCAAGGCAAUGACUCAUAUCCUGUUUACAAACGAUAUGAUACUAAUAAUCCCGUGCCAUUGAAUGAUCAUUGCAGGAUUAUGGUAGAUAAUACUUGGGUUGUUCCAUAUAAUCCUUGGUUACUGCUAAAAUAUAAUUGUCAUAUUAAUGUUGAAAUAUGUUGCAGUAUCAAGAGUGUAAAGUACUUAUACAAAUAUGUGUAUAAAGGCCCAGAUCGUGUCUCUAUGGAAGUUAGACCAGGCCCAAAUUAUGAUGAGGUCCAACAGUACGUUGAUGCAAGAUGGGUAUGUGCUCAAGAGGCAUGUUGGAAGAUAUUUUCUUUCCCUAUGUAUCGAAUGUACCCUGCCGUUUUUCGUUUGCAAAUUCAUCUUCCAGAUAGACAACAGGUACAUUUUAGACCACAUGAACCAAUUGCUAAUGUUUUGGAGCGAAGUAAAAAGACAAUGCUCACUGAAUUUUUUUAUAUGAACACGAUUGAUCAUGAUGCAUGA